GUUGAGUCGAGAUCUCCUGGCUGAAGUAGCACAAGAAAGAGUUUUUGUACGUGUCAUCAUGAUGUGUAAACUGUUUCUGUUUUUUGCUCUGCUUCUCAUCAUCCUUGAACCUCUGCUGGGGCAUCCGGGUGUCCAUCCGGCAGAGAUGACCUAUGCCAGGCCAGUUCUUGUAGAAGAGGAGCAGGUGGUCAGUCCAGAAGACCUGAGUUACUCAGAACAAGCAUAUCUGUCCCAGGGUGCCGCGGGAUUCGGUUACCCGUCCCUCAUCACUGGAGACAUCAGCAGUGAUGGCCUCAGAACAGCUGGAUUUGUCCCGAGUCAAGCUGUAAAAGAAGUCUUGCUGGAAAAGCCGUUGUUGAACCCUCUGAGUCGUUUCCUGGGCGGCAGGAAGCAGUACCGCAAGCGAGGCAGCAACACAGAGUGUUUCUGGAAAUACUGUGUCUGAAUAAACACUCACGCACUUACAUGCUCCUGCAUAGCUGAGUGUUCUCAUGCGCUUUAUGUGUAAUUCUCAACACUCGUGCACAAACUUUGUGGGCCUGAUGCACUAAAUUUGCAAAAAAUAUAUUUAUGUUUGUAGGAAAAAUAGAUGAUUAUUUAUUUGUACAUACCUGCUGUUGAGCUUUGAUGUAAAUAAAUAUGUUUGAGAAA